AAAAAGCGGGAGAAGACUCGCCGCCCGCCAUUUUGUGUACUUGACAGACGAUGCGACGUCUUCGUGCGCCGGUUGCUGGCUGGCUGGCGCUGCUCCUGCUGCUGGGCGAGGCCGCCGGCGAGAACCCCUCGCCCGGGAUCUCUCUAGAGACAUGUGGAACCAGGCCACUUGUAGAUGAGACCACAGAGGAAGAACGGAUUGUAGGUGGACAUGACGCUGAACUUGGAAGAUGGCCUUGGCAAGUUAGUCUUCAAGUUCACCAUACUAAUGGAAGAUACCUUCAUGUAUGUGCUGGAUCUUUAAUUGAUUAUGACUCCGUGCUAACAGCAGCACACUGCAUUCAAAACAGGACAACACCAGAGCUUUGGAGGGCUGUGUUUGGCUUGCGUCGACUUUAUGGAGACAAGAUUCAUUCUGUAAACAGCCAGGUGAUGAAAAUCAUGCCCCACUGUCGUUAUGAUGCAAGAAGUCACGUAAACGAUAUUGCCUUGUUUAAAUUAAGCCAGGUUAUCAAAUACAAUGACUAUAUUCAGCCCAUCUGUUUACCUAGCACCCCUCUUCUCCUGAGUGACAGGAACCCAUGUUAUAUAAGUGGAUGGGGAUUGACAAAAGAGAAUGGUACACCAAGUUAUAUAUUACAAGAAGCUGAAAUAAAAGUUUUUCCACACGAAGUCUGUAAUAGUUACGAUUGGUAUAAUGGACGACUAUCAAGGAAUCAGCUUUGUGCUGGCUCUGAAAGUGGACAUGUUGACGCUUGCCUGGGAGACAGUGGUGGUCCUCUGAUGUGUUAUUUGCCAGAUGAUGAGAAAUUUUAUCUGGUAGGAAUCACCAGCUUUGGUAUUGGCUGUGGUCGACCAAAAUUGCCAGGAAUCUAUAUACAUGCAGCUAAUUACAAAAGUUGGAUAGAUUCACGCCUACUUGACAAAACCUCCAUUGUGAGCAUUCCAUGUGUUCUGAUUUUUUCAACUGUGGUGUGGGUAACCAUUCAUCUUGUUCUGUGAACAGGCAAUCUUCUUCCAUUGCACUUUUAAACUCAAUUAUUUCCUCCUGCAAAUCUUUACCAAAAUGCAGUAUUUAACAGUUACGAUGCUUUAUAAUCUACUUUGAAUUGACAAAUUCAAAAACAAGUUUUAUCCGCAAAGAUGUAAACCCAGAAGCACUGUUCAUUUAAUUUCCUUUAUGAAUCGCUUCUCAUAAAGCUUCCCAAAGUGAUUUCACAAUAAAAAAUAUGUAUAUACAGACUGGUUUAUCCAUGCCUCCCCUUGUUAUGCUGCUUCCAUCACCCUCCUGGAAAAAACCCAUU